GAGAGAGAGAGAGAGAGUAAAACGACGUAGUUACUAUAGGGUUUCAAAAUUGAGCCAGCAUAUAAAAAUUGAUGUGAAACUCAGAACUCUCGACUCUCUCGCCUCUCAGCUGCUGUUCACCCCCCCCCCGCCUGUCUGCCGCAACACCGCCGCCAUGGCAGAGGAAGCAGGUAUGUUUGUGGUUCCACAAACCGUUGGCACUGUUUUAUGUUGCAAAUGUGGUAUUCCAAUGGCACCGAAUGCUGCCAAUAUGUGCGUAAAGUGUUUGCGCUCUGAAGUUGACAUCACAGAAGGUCUACAGAAGCAUGUGAUCAUAAUGCAUUGUCCUGAGUGCAACAGCUACUUGCAGCCACCAAGAACUUGGAUCAAAGCUCAAUUGGAAUCAAAAGAGCUGUUGACAUUCUGUGUGAAGAGGCUGAAGAAUUUGAACAAGGUAAGAUUGGUACAUGCAGAAUUCAUUUGGACCGAACCCCAUUCCAAGAGGAUCAAGGUCAAAUUGAAAGUUCAGAAAGAGGUUCUUAAUGGAGCAAUACUUGAACAAUCAUAUGUGGUUGAAUAUGUUCAGCAAGAGCACAUGUGUGAAUCCUGUUCAAGAGUUCAGGCCAAUCCUGACCAGUGGGUUGCAGCAGUGCAACUGCGCCAGCAUGUUUCUCACAGGCGUACUUUCUUUUAUUUGGAGCAGCUAAUUCUGAAGCACGGUGCUGCUGCUUCUGCCAUAAAGAUUAAGCAGAUGGAACAAGGUAUCGACUUCUUUUUCUCUAACAGGAGUCAUGGUGUGAAAUUUGUGGAAUUCAUUGGUAAGGUUGCUCCAAUGAAGAGUCGCAAUGACAAACAGCUUGUUUCCCAUGAUAUAAAGAGUAAUAACUAUAAUUACAAAUAUACAUUCUCAGUUGAAAUCUGCCCAAUAUGUCGUGAGGAUUUGAUCUGUUUGCCACUCAAAGUUGCUGCUAGUUUGGGAAAUCUUGGCCCAUUGGUGAUUUGCACCAAAGUGACCAACAGCAUUGCUUUGCUUGACCCGUUGACCUUAAGGAUUUCUUACUUGGAUGCUGAUCAGUAUUGGAGGUUACCGUUUAAGUCUCUACUUACGAGCAGGCAGCUGGUGGAGUAUAUUGUGUUAGAUGUGGAGAUAAUUUCUUCCGAAGUUAAUGUUGGUGGCUCCAAGUAUGUUUUAGCUGAUGCACAAGUGGCCCGAGUAUCAGAUUUUGGAAAAAAUGAUACAAUUUUCAACAUAAGAACACAUCUAGGCCAUCUUUUGAACCCGGGAGAUUAUGCCCUUGGUUAUGACUUAUAUGGAGCUAAUAGUAAUGAUAUUGAGAUAGAGAAGCACAAAGGUCUGGUCAUCCCUGAAGCAAUUCUUAUAAGGAAAAGCUAUGAAGAGAAGCGUCAGAAGAAGCGUGGGAAGCCUCGUGCCUGGAAGCUUAAAUCCCUUGACAUGGAAGUUGAUGAUAGGAAUAGAACUGAUCAAGAAAAGAUUAACUCGGAGUAUGAACAGUUCUUGAAAGAUCUGGAGGAGAACCCUGAAUUGAGGUUCAAUAUAUCAUUGUACCGUAAUAAAGACUACCAGCCAUCAGAGAUGACAUCUGUGGCUGAUGGAGAUGAAGUACCUUCUAUUCCGCUGGAUGAGUUACUUGCUGAUCUUGAUCUAAGCGAAGCAGAAGCAGAAGCAGAAGAUGAAGAUGAUGAAAUGAGGGAGUGAUGAUCAGAACCUUUUGAUCCAUUGUCCUACUCUCUCAUUGUCCCUUCACAAGUUCACCACCACCCUUCUUCCUCCGUAUUUUAAACACAAUGGUUCAGGCAUUUUUGUUGAUGAUUUUGUAUGAUUAUAUCUGGGUUGCUCUUGGCUCUAUUAAAUAUGCUGGUUGCUGUUGAAUAAUUUAUCGCAUGGCCAAUAUAGAAGUAUCAUACGUAUGCUUUUUUGUUGAGUUA